GUGUAAGCCAUUUAUUGAGGUUCCAUAUGCAUGACAUUUAUUUAAUGUGCUUAAUUUUAACGCUUUGAGUCAUUUAUGGAAAUGAGUCAAAAUGUGUCAUAGUUCCAUAAAACCAUUUCGAUAUACAAAACAUCCGUCAUCUUCUCAACGACUUACAUGGGUGACGUUCGAAAAUAUACCAAGAAAUUAAUAAUACAAAAAUGAAUUAGAACGGACUCGAUAAUUUAGCUAAAGUAAGAAUCGGGUUGCUUUCUCAUUUAAAAUUAUUUAAAAUAGUACAGCAGAUUAGGCAAUAUAGGUAAAACAUAUUUCAUAUAAGCAAAUUUAAAUAGGAUGUGUUAGCUGUAUGACAUUAACCGAAGAAGAAAAUAUGCCGUUUUUUAUUCCUCGAGGGAAAAAUCCAAACUGGAGGAGACAGAUGGUUCCAGUUAGCGAAGGGGAUUUGCUGAUAUUUUAAGCUGGUCGUGGCCAGUGCAUCAUCAAGGAAAAAAAAUCCAUCGGGUGUAUUAACGGCGUAUUUCGGCUCUGGGGGGUGGAGGCGGGGCUCGCCGUCAGUCCGUCGGCCGCAGCAGACACAUCGUGCCCCGGCACGUCCACCUUCAGCUCCAUCGUUUUUAUCUCCGUUGGAUGGAGGAAAAAAAUGUCGGUGAGAGGAGGCGGAACGACCCGGUUUUAUUUUAAUACCGUUUUGUCUCUGGCUCGAUCCCUGGCAGCGAACCGGCCGGCUGCCCUUGAAAAGGUGCAGAAGUUGCAAUGCAUGUGUCCCGUGGACCAGCGAGGGGUAUUCCAGCUGGACGAGCGGCGCCGGGUCGCCGUCAUCGGACUCGGCAUCUUCCUGGUGGAGUCUGACCUGCAGCACAAAGAUGUAAUUGUUCCCUAUCUGCUGGGUCUGCUGAGGGGACUGCCCCGGGUACAAUGGAUAGAGGACAGCACCCAGAGAAGGGGGAGAGCAACCCUCCCUGUCGCCGAGACGUUCUGCUUCUGCCUGGUGACCUUGUUGUCAGACGUGGCACAGAGAGACAUGGCAUUGCGGGGACAGAUUAUAGAAGCUGUGAUGGACCUCAUGAGUGUCUUGCUGGGGAUCUGUCAGACGCCAGAGGAUCGCGAUAAAGAGUACCUGUGCAGAUACACGGUGCCCAGCCUGCUGGGGGUCGUCCGCGCAUUUGGUCGAUACAGCAACUCCUCAGAGUCUCUGCUGUCUAAGCUGUUCCCACGGACCGUACCAUCCCCUGUGGUGUGCGGGGGUGAUAACCCCGACACCACCCGCCGCCGCUCUUUCAACGAAUUCCGUCCCAUACUGCCCAGCUCCCUGCUUACGACCUAUCAGGGCGACGUGGCCCGACGCAAAGUCGGCAGCGCCUCUGCCUCUCAGCAGGCCAGUCCGGAUCACAGCGGGCAUGCCCCCACCUCCCCGUUGGACUCAUCCGCCCGUUACUUCGAAGCCCCCGACAUCCCCGACGGCACCACCAUGGACCCCGACUACUAUUUCUCAACCAUCAGUUCCAGCUUCUCUGCUUCGCCGCUGUUCGUAGGCAGCCAGAGUUGGGAAUUCCACGUACCGCUGGACUUGCUGAAGCAGCUGCUCUGCAUGGUUGAACAGUGCGUCGCAGAGGUUUUCCUCAAAAGUCUGGAUGCAACCAUGGCUGAGGUUUUGGAGGAAAACCCAGGUAUAGACCUGUUCUACAGGAUCUUCAGUGACUCCAUGUAUGUGGCCACGUUUAAGAUGUUGAGGGACUCCCUGUAUUACGUGAAAGACCUGCCUACCUCCUUCGUGAAGGAAGUGCAUGACUUCGUGCUGGAGCAGUUCAGCAUUAACCAAGCAGAACUGCAGAAGAUACUGCACGACGCCGAGCGUCUCAACGCUCAGUUCAGCCCGCUGAAGCUGCGCUGCCAGGCCAGUGCCGCCUGCGUGGACCUCAUGGUGUGGGCCGUCACUGAGGAACAAGGGGCUGAGAACCUCUGCACAAAGCUGUCAGAAAAGCUGCAGUCCAAGACGUCCAGCACAGUCAUCAUGGCACACAUGCCACUGCUUAUAUGCUGCCUGCAGGGUCUGGGGCAUCUUUGUGAGCGAUUCCCUGUGGUGGCCCAUUCUGUCACCAUGUCCCUUAGAGACUUCCUGGUGGUUCCUUCACCUGUCCUGGUCAAGCUCUAUAAACACCACAGCCAGUACAGCACAGGGCCUGGGGAGCUGAGGAUCAGUGUGACCAAUGAGCACUCCCAGUCCAUGCUCAGCGUGUCCAGCAAGAAGGGCCAGCCCUCCAUGUACGAGCAGCUGAGGGACAUCUCCAUCGACAACAUAUGCAGGUGCCUGAAGGCAGGUCUGACCAUGGACCCUGUGAUUGUGGAGGCAUUCCUGGCCACCCUCUCUAACCGGCUGUACAUCUCUCAGGAGAAUGAGAAGGACGCCCACUUGAUCCCGGACCACACCAUCCGGGCACUGGGCCACAUUGCGGUGGCGUUGCGGGACACGCCUCGUGUGAUGGAGCCCAUCCUGCAAGUCCUGCAGCAGAAGUUCUGUCAGCCUCCAUCCCAGCUGGACGUGCUCAUUGUGGACCAACUGGGCUGCAUGGUCAUCACCGGCAAUCAAUAUAUAUACCAGGAAGUGUGGAACCUAUUCCAGCAGAUCAGCGUCAAAGCCAGCUCGAUGGUGUACUCCACAAAAGACUACAGAGACCAUGGAUACAGGCACUGCUCCCUGGCUGUUAUCAACGCCCUGGCCAACAUCGCUGCCAACCUGCAGGGGGAGCAGAUGGUGGAUGAGCUGCUCGUCAACUUGCUGGAGCUGUUCGUGCAGCUGGGCCUGGAGGGCAAGCGAGCCAGCGAACGGGCCAGUGAGAAAGGUCCGGCCCUCAAGGCUUCAAGCAGCGCUGGUAACCUCGGCGUCCUCAUACCUGUCAUCGCUGUGCUGACCCGCCGGCUGCCGACCAUCAAGGAAGCAAAACCUCGCCUGCAGAAGCUGUUUCGGGACUUUUGGCUGUACUCUGUAGUGAUGGGCUUCGCCGUGGAGGGUUCAGGCCUUUGGCCACAGGAGUGGUACGAAGGGGUAUGUGAGAUCGCCACCAAGUCCCCACUACUGACCUUUCCCAGUGGGGAGCCACUGCGCUCAGAGCUGCAGUACAACUCGGCACUGAAGAACGACACAGUCACCCCGGCAGAGCUGAAUGACCUGAGGAGCACCAUCAUCAACCUGCUCGACCCGCCCCCUGAAGUAGUGGCACUAGUCAACAAGCUGGACUUUGCAAUGUCCACCUAUCUGCUGUCUGUCUACCGGCUGGAGUACAUGAGGGUGCUGCACUCGUGGGAUCUGGACCGCUUCCAGGUGAUGUUUCGCUACUUCGAGGACAAGGCCAUCCAGAAAGACAAGUCAGGGAUGAUGCAAUGUGUGGUUGCUGUGGGUGACAAGGUCUUUGAGGUCUUCCUUCAGAUGAUGGCAGAAAAGCCCAAGACCAAAGAGCAUGAGGAGGAGUUGGAGCGCCAUGCCCAAUUUUUAUUGGUCAACUUCAACCACACCCACAAGAGGAUCCGCCGGGUGGCUGACAAGUACUUGUCUGGAUUGGCUGAAACUUUCCCCCACCUCCUGUGGAGUGGCCGCGUCCUGAAGACCAUGCUGGACAUUCUGCAGACGCUGUCUCUGUCCCUCAGCUCUGAUAUUCACAAGGACCAGCCGUAUUAUGACAUCCCCGACACGCCUCACAGGAUCACUGCACCGGACACGCAGGAGGCCAGAGAGGGAAUUGUGAAGGACUUUGCUGCCCGCUGUGGGGAGAUCCUAAGGGAGGCGAUGAAGUGGGCUCCUUCUGCCACCAAAUCUCACCUUCAGGAGUACCUUAACAAGCACCAGAACUGGGUUUCGGGACUGUCUCAGCACACAGGCCUGGCCAUGGCCACCGAGAGCAUCCUGCAAUUCGCUGGCUACAAUCGGCAGAGCAUCACACUGGGGAGCACUCAGUUAAGCGAAAGGCCGACCUGCAUCAAGAAGGACUACUCCAACUUCAUGGCAUCUCUGAAUCUUCGCAACCGCUACGCGGGGGAGGUGGCGGGCAUGAUUCACUUCUCGGAGGCCACGCGCAGCUCCCCGGACCUCAGCAGAGUGGUGAUCCGGCAGAUGGACGAGGCCCUGGCGGGGGGGCAGCCUCAGGUCUACACCCAAGCCAUGUUCAAGCUAGCCGCCCUGCUCAUCAACCCCAAAGAUCAUGACCCCCAGCUGCUGCACCACCUGUGUUGGUCGCCCCUGAAGAUGUUCACGGAGCACGGUAUGGAGACGGCUGUUGCCUGCUGGGAGUGGCUGCUGGCUGCCCGCGUGGACGUGGAGGUGCCGUUCAUACGUGAGAUGGCCGGGGCGUGGCAGAUGACAGUGGAGCUGAAGAUGGGGUUGUUCUCGGAGACACAGGCGGAGGCAGAUCCACUGGCAGCGUCCGAGGAGAGCCAGCCCAUGCCCUGCCCCCCCGAUGUCAAACCCCACCACAUCUGGAUCGAGUUCCUCACGCAGAGGUUCGAGAUCGCCAAGUACAGCAGCGCCGACCAGGUGGAGAUCUUCAGCAGCCUCCUGCAGAGGUCCCUGUCGGUCAGCGUGGGCGGCCCCACCUGCCCCCUGAACCGCCACGUGGCAGCCAUCGGCCCCCGGUUCAGGCUGCUCAGUCUGGGCCUGACGCUCCUCCACUCAGACAUGAUCACCAACGCCACCGUGCGGAACGUCAUCCGGGAAAAAACCUACUCAACGGCCUUCGACUACUUCAGCGUCCCACCCAAGUUCCCGACUCAGGGGGACAAACUGCUCCGCGAGGACAUCAGCAUCAUGACCAAGUUCUAUGCCGGCAUCCUGUCAGACAAGAAGUACCUGGCAGCGGGCCAGCUGGUGACCCCCACCGAGUCCGGCGUGAACCCCCCCCAAAGCUCACUGUCCGGUGGAAUAUUUGGCUCCCUCAUCAUGUCCAGCACCACCCCCAUAUCCAUACUGAACAGUCAGGACUCGUCCCUCAACAGCCUGUCCGUCAUGGCCGGCGCUGACACCCGCGCCAACAUGGACCCGCGACAGCAGACUGCCCAGGGUUGGAUGAACACUUACCCUUUGUCCAGCGGCGUGUCCACCAUUUCCAAAAAGUCAGGGCAAUCGAAGAAGGGCAGCCAGGGCACCCAGCUCCAUAAGUACUACAUGAAACGCAGGACGCUACUGCUGACCCUGUUGGCCAGCGAGAUCGAGCGACUGACGACAUGGUACAACCCGCUGGGCACGCAGGAGCUGGCCAUCUCGAUGGAGCAGACUGUGGAGACCAGCAUCGCCAACUGGAGGUCCAAGUACAUCAACUUGAACGAGAAGCAGUGGAAGGACAACGUGAACCUGGCCUGGAGCAUCUCUCCGUACCUCGCCAUGCAGCUGCCAGCAAGGUUCAAAAAUGCAGAGGCCAUUGAGGCAGAGGUGACCCGUCUGGUCCGGCUGGACCCGGGUGUGGUCAGUGAUGUCCCGGAGGCGGUCAAGUUUCUGGUGACGUGGCACACCAUCGACGCCGACUCCCCAGAACUGAGCUACGUCCUCUGCUGGGCACCUGCCGACCCCCCCACAGGCCUCUCUUACUUCUCCAGCAUGUACCCCCCCCACCCCCUCACAGCGCAGUAUGGGGUCAAAGUGCUGCGCUCAUUCCCCCCGGAUGCCAUUUUGUUUUACAUUCCUCAAAUAGUUCAAGCUCUCCGGUAUGAUAAGAUGGGCUACAUCCGCGAGUACAUCCUGUGGGCCGCCCAGAAAUCCCAGCUGCUGGCUCACCAGUUCAUCUGGAACAUGAAGACCAACAUUUUUCUGGACGAGGAGGGUCACCAGAAAGAUCCUGACAUUGGGGAGCUGCUGGAAGAGCUGGUGGAGGAGAUCACCGGCUCGCUGUCGGGGCCGGCCAAGGACUUUUACCAGCGCGAGUUCGACUUCUUCAACAAGAUCACCAACGUCUCGGCCAUCAUCAAACCCACCCCUAAGGGUGAGGAAAGGAAGAGAGCGUGUCUGAAGGCUCUGUCUGAGAUCAAAGUCCAGCCUGGAUGCUAUCUGCCCAGUAACCCAGAGGCCAUCGUCCUGGACAUCGAUUACAAGUCUGGGACACCGAUGCAAAGCGCUGCCAAAGCACCUUACCUGGCCAGGUUCAAAGUGAAGCGGUGUGGCGUCAGCGAGCUGGAGAGGGAAGGGCUGCGCUGCCAGUCCGAUUCCCUGGAGGAGGGGGAGGAGGCCGGGGAUCUAGCCCAGAGGAUCUGCUGGCAGGCGGCCAUCUUCAAAGUUGGGGAUGACUGCCGACAGGACAUGCUGGCUCUGCAGAUCAUUGGCCUCUUCAAAAAUAUCUUCCAGCUGGUUGGCUUGGAUCUCUUUGUCUUCCCCUACAGAGUAGUGGCCACAGCCCCCGGGUGCGGCGUCAUCGAGUGCAUCCCGGACUGCAAGUCUCGAGACCAACUGGGUCGCCAGACUGACUUUGGAAUGUACGACUACUUCAGGAACCAGUACGGAGAUGAAUCCACACUGGCUUUCCAGAAGGCCCGUUACAACUUCAUCCGCAGCAUGGCCGCUUACAGCCUGCUCCUCUUCCUGCUGCAGAUAAAGGACCGGCACAACGGCAACAUUAUGCUGGACAGCAAAGGCCACCUCAUCCACAUUGAUUUCGGGUUUAUGUUUGAGAGCUCCCCUGGAGGAAACCUGGGCUGGGAGCCGGACAUCAAACUGACAGACGAGAUGGUGAUGAUAAUGGGGGGGAAGAUGGAAGCUACGCCCUUUAGGUGGUUCAUGGAGAUGUGCGUGCGGGGAUUCCUGGCCGUUAGGCCCUACAUGGAUGCGGUCGUCUCCCUGGUUACGCUGAUGCUGGACACCGGCCUCCCGUGCUUCAGGGGUCAGACAAUCAAACUACUCAAGCAGAGGUUCAAUCCCAGCAUGAGUGAGAAGGAGGCAGCCGCCUUCAUCAUCAAGAUCAUCCAGAAUUGCUUUCUCAGUAGCAGGAGCAAGACCUACGACAUGCUGCAGUACUACCAGAACCAGAUUCCAUACUGAGGAGGCUGCCAUGUCUGGGGGGGGGGGGGGGGGGGCACACCGGCAUUCUGUGUAUUCUGUAUACUGGUCACUAUCAAUGGUCUUGUUCAUCCCCAGUGUGAAAUGAAAUUACCCAGCAUUCCCAGCGAGUGCAAAGGUCGCGUCGCCCAUUUUCUUCAUCAUAAUCUGCCUGCGAGUCUUGUGAAAGGAUCCCUUUAAAAAAUGCGCUGUCACCUGUGUUCCUUCAUUGUAUCUUUUCAUUAUUAUUUACACUCUGUAUAUAGAUAUUGGGUCUUACUUGAAAAA